CUCGAGAAGGCGGGAAUUGAGUCUUCUAGGACUCGGAAGGGAGGUAAGGCCAUGAGAUGAAUCAGGCUCCGUUAGAUCUCAUCAGCCGUUGCAGAAGCCUCAAAUCCUUAAAAUCUGUCCACGCCCGUCUUUUGGUUGAUGGUUCCAUCUCUUCUUCUGAGCUUGUCCUCAACAAAAUCAUCCGAAGCUAUUCACGCUUUGGCGCCCUUGACUACGCUUGCAAAAUCUUCGAUGCCAUUCCUCGGCCAAAUGCCUUCUUAUGGACAGCUAUGAUUCAUGGCCACGUUGAUAAUCAUCGCUACGAAGAAGCCCUGAUUCUGUUUCGCAGGAUGAGAAGAGAAUCCGUCCCACCCUUGAACUUCACCCUUUCGUCAGUACUCAAGGCUUUGGCUCGGCAAACAAGAUUAAAGGAAGGGGAGGCUGUUCAGGGGCUCAUCUUGAAAUAUGGGCUCGAUUCUGAUUUAACGUUGCAGAAUUCUGUACUGGAUUUGUUCUCAAGAUGUGGACGAGUAGAUAUUGCAAGACAGGUAUUUGAAGGAAUGGAAGAUAGAGAUGUUGUUUCUUGGAAUUCUAUGAUCUAUGGAUAUGUUAAUAACUCCGAAUUGGACAUUGCUUGUGAGUUAUUUGAUAGGAUGCCUGAGAGAAACGUGGUUUCAUGGACAACUAUGAUAUGUGGUUGUGUGACAGUUGGUGACAUGGUGGAGGCACAAGCUAUUUUUGAUCUCAUGCCCGUCCAGGACUUGACCGUGUGGAAUGUAAUGAUUUCUGGUUUUGUGGAUACUGGUAAUAUCACUGCUGCUCUUCGCUUCUUUGAAGCAAUGCCGAGUAGUGAUAUUGGGUCGUGGAAUCUGAUUAUUUCGGGGCUCUGUAAAGCAGGACAAUUGGAAUGUGCUUGGGACUUUUUCAAUAAAAUGCCAAAGAGAAAUGUGGCAUCAUGGACCAUGAUGGUUGAUGGCUAUGUUAGAAUUGGGGAUGUUAUUAAUGCAAGGUAUUUGUUUGACCAGAUGCCCGAGAAGAAUCUGGUUUCUUGGUCCACCAUGAUUGCUGGUUAUGCUAGAAAUGGACAGCCUCGUCUUGCUUUAGACUUGUUUGAGCAGUACGAAGAGCAGGGCUGUGAGCUAGAUGAGACUUUUAUCUUGGUAGUAAUUUUGGCUUGCUCGCAGUUAGGAGCUCUGGAUAAGGCUGAAGCUUUUGUUCACAAAUACAUGAGACCCUCACAUUUUUCCAAUGUACAGUUGAUUACUAGUUUGAUAGACAUGUAUGCAAAGUGUGGGAGCGUUGAAAAGGCCUUGAAAGUAUUUGAAAAGGCUAAUAGAAAGGACUUGCUCUGUUACAGUACCAUGAUAGCUGCAUUUGCAAAUCAUGGAAUAGGUCAAGAUGCAAUCUCUCUCUUUGAUGAGAUGCAAAGGGAAAAUAUAAAACCUGAUGGAGUAACUUUUCUUGGGGUUUUGAGUGCUUGUAACCAUGGAGGCCUUGUUGAGGAAGGCAGGAAGUUUUUUAGACUAAUGACUGAAGAUUUCUGCAUUCAACCCUCAGAAAGGCACUAUGCUUGUAUGGUUGACCUUCUUGGCCGUGCAGGGUGCCUUUACGAGGCUUAUAACCUUAUAAGAAGUAUGCCUAUGGAACCCCAUUCUGGCGUAUGGGGUGCUCUGCUUGCUGCUUGUAGGAUCCACAACAAUGUUGAACUGGCUGAAAUUGCAGCAGAACAAUUAUUCAAGAUUGAGCCUGGUAAUUCUGGCAGUUAUGUUCUUUUGUCCAAUAUAUAUGCUGCUGCUGAGCGUUGGGAGGAUGUUGCUAGAGUGAGAGCAAUGUUAAGGGAACAUGGAGUGAGGAAGAAUAGAGGUUCGAGCUGGAUUGAAUUAGGGUCUGUAGUUCAUGAGUUUGUCAUGGGAGACGUAUCACAUCUGGAUUCAGAUAGAAUCUACUUGAUCUUGGAUUUGCUUGUUGAAGAUAUGAAGUUGUCAGGGUAUUUAAUUGACUCUAAGCAGAAAGUACUACCAUCUCCUACAGCUCCAUUGCCUUCUCUCAUCCCCUUCUAUGAUAUUAUGGAAGAUGGGUGAUAAAAAUUGCUCAAGGAGAGAAAAUUGAUGUUUCUGUGAUUCAAUAUUAUCCAAAUUUUUAU